GGUUUGGUCAGCGCUUAGAGUGGCGCCAGAGUUUUGAACGGCACUUUUGGGAGUGGAGGACCGAUUCUCUGCGUGGUCGCCUGGAUUGCAGUUCGCCAUGACCGUCCCCUCCCUGGAGGAGCUGGACUCCUUCAAGUACAGUGACCUUCAGAACUUGGCCAAGAGUCUGGGACUCCGGGCUAACCUGAGGGCAGACAAGUUGUUAAGAGCCUUAAAAGCCCACCUUAAAAAUGAAGCAAGAAAAGAAAAUGAGAAUCAGGAUGAAAUUCAAACUUCUGCAUCUUCUUGUGAUGAGAUUGAGGUACAGCUCAGCAGCCAGGAACAAGCUGAGAGGGAGCCAGCUGGCCAUGUCACCAAAACAAGGAGAAGGCGCCGGACUGUCCACAGGAGCCCUGACUCCCAGCAGGAUCAUUCAGAGAUAAAUGUAUGUGAUCCUACUGAAUUCCAGAAUCAAGAAAAGCAUGAAAAACAGGCUCUCAGAACUGCUGUAGAAGCUCCUUCUCUACCAAACAAGAGUCAAGAUGAGAAUGCAGUGCCCUCAGGAAAAAGUGGAAUAAAUGGUAAUGAAGGUCCAAAGAUACCUUCAGAAAGAAAGAAGUCUCUCUACACAGAUGGGUUUACCAAACCUGGAAAAAAUAAAAGAACUGCAAGCACUACUCCAAAUUUUAAGAAGCUUCAUGAGGCUCGUUUUAAGGAAAUGGAGUCCAUUGAUCAAUAUGUUGAGAGAAAAAAGAAACAUUUUGAAGAACACACUUCAUUUAAUGAACUGAAGAAGCAGCCUGGCACUAAGGGAGUGGCAGCAACUCCAGUUCCUCCCCGAGAAAGACUCUCUGUGGCUUGUACCCCCACCAGCCAACAGGGCUCACAAGGCCGGCCCCACGCAGGCCGUAGCACCUUGUGUGUGAAGGGGCUGGUCAAGCGCUCCGCGCUCUCAGCAACUAAGAUGAACGUCAGGUUUUCAGCUGCUACUAAAGAUAAUGAGCAUAAGCGUUCACUGACCAAGACUCCAGCCAGAAAGUCUCCACAUGUGACCACAUCUGGGAGUACCCCAAAAGGCCAGGCUGUGCUCGGGACACACAAGUUAAAGACCACAAGGGCUGAAUCUGUUGCUGUUAUUACCCCGUUCAAGUUGACAGCUGAGGCAGCGCAGACUCCGAUCUCCCACAGAAAACCAGUGUUUGAUCUCAAAGCAAGUUUGUCUCGUCCCCUCAACUAUGAGCCACACAAAGGAAAACUGAAACCAUGGGGACAAUCUAAAGAAAACAGUUCUCUGAAUGAACAUGUCAACAGAGUUAGCUUACACAAGAAAAGUUAUAAACAACCUCAUCGCCAGACCAGGGAGGAGCAACGGAAGAAACAUGAGCAAGAACGAAAGGAGAAGAAAGCAAAGGUUCUGGGAGUUCGAAGGGGCCUCAUUAUGGCUGAACGUUCAUAAUUUAAUAUCCCGUAAAUAUUCCUUUUCUCUGAACCCUCUUUUGUAAAUAUUUUUGUACUGUCCUCUCACUUUAGCCAAAAGACAUUUUUCUGCUCUUAACUUCGUUCAUAUAUAUGUAGUGUCUGUGGCUUCUUCACGUUUUACCCCUGAAAAGACAUUACUACCUUUAAAGCUCUCAAAUUCUUUUGAAAUAGUUUUUACCUAAGCCCCUGUACAACUAACUCAGUUUUCUAAAAAGACCCAUCCUAUAGAUUCUUGACCUAGAUUUUUUUUAAGGUCAAGUUCCGUCUGCUGGCUCUAAUAAAAGAACUUCAGUCCUCUUCUAGGCAAAAGCACUUACCUGAUGGUAGCUAAUUACACUACAGACUUUAGUAGAAAUUGAACAAUAACAAGUUAUGAAUAGGGUAAGCUGUGAAAGGCCACCUCUUCAUCCUCUAGAGAGCCUAGUAGUCUUAACAAAACCGUGGGCCAUAUGGGUUUAUAAGGCAUCAAUAUUUUAUCUAUGUGAAAUGUUUCAUUUGAGCUUCUAUGUACCUUUUUCGGAUCACUUCAUUUAAUUGUCAAUUACAUAUCUCUUUUUUUUUCCC